AUGAGGCCAACUACUACACCAGCGAUUCGCGAGGGAGACAAUGUAUUAGGUGAUCUGAUCAAUCCGAAAGGAUUUCCGAUUGGGCUUCCUUUGCUUCAGAAUUCUUUCCCUUUCCCGUAUACCGACAAUAUCAGAUCGUUUCGAUUAUCGAGGUAUAAGCAUCAUGGUUUGCAAGGCGCCGUAGUGGCUGAAUGUAGCGAGAAUGGCCUUCCAAUGAAGGUAAAACACAUCUAUUACUGGCCUGGCGAUCAUAUUUCGUUCACGUGCAAAGUUUGUCAACGAGGUCUCGAUUCAAAUGGAAAGAUCAAGACGUGGGGUUGGGCCGCAAAAGUAUACGAUUUUUUCGAUCAUUACGAGAAGAAUAAGAAGUUGCAACACGCGGAUGUUGGCGUGCAAUUUUUCCCAUCCAACUUCAAGAUCAAUACAGGAGUGACGGAAUUCGAGGGAUCAGGGGAUUCUGGUCCCUCUUACAUGCCCGGAAAUCGAAUUCAGGCCACAGAGAACGGAUCUUUCCCCCAUAUCCGACGACAAUGGUUUGAACGUAUUGGCAAGACGUUUCACAUUCAUAAUGCUGAAGCAAGAGCGGCUGGUGUGUAUUUUUGCUACGAUGACACCGGGAUCAAUUUGGUCCGCUAUUUCUAUAUUCUCCACGCAAUGACCCCGAUCAAUCGAGUGAAUUGGAUGGAUGAUGCUAAUUUGAAGAAUCGUCUUCAGCUGAGUCCGGAUAUGGGCAAAAUGGUCUGUGAAUUGCCGGACAAAAAGGAUUUAUCAAAUCCUCCAUAUCAUUGUCGCAAUGACUGCGGGAAACCGAUUUAUAUGUACCCGGAUACUCAAUGGAAAUUCAACUGGCGUCCCAUCAUCUAUAAACCCGAAAAUGAGCCUCUCUGUGAUAAGGGUUAUCUUAAAUGCGAACAAUAUCUGAAACUUCACCCCAACACCGGUGGCCUAGCGAUACGAAAAGUGCCGGAGACUGCGAUACAUCUGCAUGUUUUUAAGCGAUCGAUCAAUGAUAGACCAUUCUACACGGAUGUGGCGUUGGCUUUUCGAUGGGAGCCGUGGAGUAGAUGCGAUUCGGGAAGAACACAUCAACGCCGGGAGGGACACUGUGUUUUGCAGCUCGUCGAUGGUAAAAAGAAAACGAACUCGGAAAAUACUCAUACGAAAGCAACGAGGUGGAUGUCUCGAUUGGAUAGCAUUUUCAGGCUUUCUGGAGGAAAGAAUACGACAUUUGUGAGAUUGCACAGUUCAACUUUGAUGACGAUGAUCAUGGAUCAACCAGUGAACACCGAUUGUGGAGCAAGAGAAAGAUCGAAGAGUGUUCAAAAGAUUGACGAGUUUUAUGAACAGGUAAUCUUUCCGUCGUUGGACAUCCCGGGAGAACAAUUCAACCGAAAGAAAUUCACAUUGAACAACGAGUGGAGGGCUUGUUUUAAAUACAAACACUCGGGAGAAAAUGCGGGAAGUGAUGGAUCGUAUUCGGAUAUUGUUGGCACCUAUGUGAUCGAAACAAAGGAGUGUCCU